AUGGUAUCAGAGCGCCGAUCGGGGACCUAUGCCGCCGGCGUAUCAGGCGUCGGUGAAUCAGAUCGAGAGGCGCAAGCAAGCUCACAUCCUCCAGCUCACAACACUCCGAUAACAGCUCCGCAGAGGAGCCUAUUCACGCAGAGAAAUCAAACUCCAAAAAACUUGGAGAAUCCUCUGUUGAUCAAUGUCAACGAGAAUCCGAAUGCUAUUCUGGUCUCACCUGCACUGACUGGAAGUCCGAACUAUGGAACGUGGAGCAUAUCUAUGAGGAUUGCGCCGGCGAACAGUCAGCCGGAGUUUCCUGCUUGGCGGAGAUGCAAUCUGAUAGUAUGUUCAUGGAUUUUCAAGGCCGUGCAUCCGUCUAUUGCUCAAAGCAUCAUUCAUAUGGAUAAGGCGAAAGAUGUUUGGGAAGAUUUGCGAAGAAGAUUCUCCCAACGCGAUCCACACCGUAUAUCAACUUUGCAGAGUCAGAUCUAUACGCUGAGACAGGGAAAUAUGAGUGUUAAUGAAUACUACACGAAGUGUAAAACUCUUUGGGAGGAAAUGAGUGAUUUGAGGCCGCUUCCUAUAUGUAAAUGUGAUCCAAGGUGCCACUGUAACGUCAUAGAUACAAUACGUGAAGAACGUGAAGUUGAUCUGGUAAUCAGAUUUCUCCAAGGACUGAGCGAUGAUUAUACUAGUCUGAGAUCAGGUGUGCUUGUGAUGGAUCCUUUGCCGGAAGUGUACAAAGUUUUUGUUAUGGCAGAAAAGCUUGAAAGACAACUAAAUCUGGAAAAAUUGAGUCUAGGCAGCCUGGAGAUAAGUCAUGCCAAUAGUGUGCAAGGUUCUCAACAAACAGAAGAAAUAGUAGCUGCUAUUAAUGGCUAUAAUGGAAGAAGAAACACUGGAAACUAUAACAGUAAGGGAACAACCAAAUGCAUUUUCUGUGGGAUGACCAGACACAUCAUAGAGAAGUGCUACAAGAAGCACGGAUAUCCGCCCGGUUGGAUACCGGGCUACAAGUCUGAAAACAAGCAGAAUGCCUUUGCAGCAUCAGUAGACACCAAUAGCUCAUCAACUGUUAAUAAUAUAGCAGAUUUGGGAUUUACUGCUGAACAGAUGCAAAAAUUCAUGGCUCUCUUUCAGUCUCAGUGCACACAAGGGGUUAGUCCUAACACCACUGCAACUGUAUCUCUUGUACCAAACUUCACUAAAGGUGAAUCUGCAAAUGUAGGCAAGUAUGUUACAUCCCAUGUUAAUUCUAUUUCUCUCUGCACUUCUACUUGGAUACUUGAUACCGGAGCAACCGAUCAUAUUGUGUGUUGUCUUGACUUCUUUAUUGAUUAUCAAGUAGUUACUGGGGCAGAGGUUAAUCUACCAACUGGAACACGUGUGGCUGUUAAACAUACAGGGAAUAUAAAGAUUGGAAACAAUCUUUGGUUGAAAGAUGUUAUGCAUAUCCCCUCAUUUCGAUUUAACAUCAUAUCUUGUGUGAUUCAGGAGAUUACUGGGAGAACGAUUGGUAUAGCUAAGCAGCAUAGGGGGCUAUAUUUGUUGAUGGAUCCACAUGAGCAAAGUGUUAAUCUGCCUAAGCAUUUUGCAAUGUCUAGUGUUAGUACUGAUAUAUGGCACCAAAGAUUGGGCUAUUUUCCAGUAAAUAAAAUGCAUUUGUUGAAAGGUGUUUCCCUGCAUUCUAAUAAAACUUUAGCUUGUGAUGUUUGCCACCUCGCCAAGCAUAAACGUUCUGUUUUUCCUUUAAGCACUAGUACUACAAAUGCAUGUUUUGACUUGAUACAUGCAGAUAUAUGGGGUCCAUUUGUUGUUUCUUCCAUGAAAGGUGAAUUUUACUUCUUGACUUUGGUCGAUGACCAUUCGAGGUUUACUUGGAUACACCUUAUGCAACACAAAUCUGAAGCAAGACCCUAA